AUGAUACCAGAAAAUGAAACAGAUUGUUAUGCUUUCCAGAGAAAUCCAGCUGCUCCAGAGUAUUUCUUCAUGGGUUUCUUCUGCUACAUCCCACUGCCAUAUAUUUGCAAAUAUGAGUUGUCCUCUGUUCCUGAGAACUUCACAUUUAAGGUGCAAGAAAUUGGCAUAAAUGAAGCAGUGCUUUUUUGGAGCAAUUUGAGUGGCUGGCUUAAUCCAGACUUUCAGCUCAAUAUUAAAUAUUACUUUGAAAAUUCAGAACAGUAUUUUGAAAUACACACUAUAAAUUCAACACACACAAAAAUUUUGCAUUUGUGCCCUGGUCAUUUUUAUAAUUUUUUAUUGUCAGCCAGAAGCCCUGAAGGAGGACAAGUUAGUUUACAUCCGGUCAUAAUGGCAGAGACAAGACCAUUACAUUUAUACAAUGUAAAGUCAACGCAGGUGACAUCAUCAGAAAUCAUUUUGCAGUGGGAUUCUCCAGUGAGCUCAUGCAAUGCAUCUUUUCAUCACUACUUAGUUAGCAUCUUGGAUAGUAAAACAAGAAAGUGGGGAAUCAUUCCAUUUGGAAAAACUAACACAUCUGCUGUAAUUAGAAAUAUCAAACCAUACCAUCAGUAUCAGCUACAUCUUCAGAGUGUUGCUGAAAAGGGAACUCUAAGCUGCUUUGAGGAACCUCUGCUAAUAAUAACAGGUGUCAGCCCCCCUACUAGCCUAUUCAUCCCUCCAGAAGAUGUAGGAGAAGACCAUGUAGUUAUCUACUGGAAACUGCCACAAGAGGGCCAAGAAUCCUACAUUCAAGCUAAACCAUCUUUGGUCCAUGAUAAAAGCAUGAUGUUUUUAGUAAACAACACAGAGAGAUUUAAAAUCGAACCCUUAAUACCUGGAAUGACUUAUGAAAUAGGAGUGGCCACAGUGACCAAUGGAAAUAGAAGUGAACUAAAAACCAUUCAAUGCACCCUUAAACCCAAACCAGUACAGAUUGCCAUCCCUUACGAAGUUCAUAGUAAUUUUGUGGUUCUGUUUGUUCAAAUACCUGCUGUUGGAUUAAUUGAUGGAGUACAUGUGAUGAGUAAAGGAGGCCCUAAUGCAACAUUGACUUUAUUGACAGAUGGGAAAGUAACUAUUGAAAACUUAAUUCCAGGCACAGAAUAUGAUUUCUUUGUUUCCACCACUAGUAGAAAUAUUUCAAGUUCUGCAUACCACCUGCCAGCUAUAAGAACAUGUCUUGCAGUUCCGUUAAAUGUACGUGAAGGCAGAAUUUCAGGAACUUCAAUACAGAUUAUUUGGGAUCAGGCACCGGGAAACUUUCAGCAGUAUGAAAUCAUGUGCACAAAUUGUGCACAUACUCUCACGGUCCAAAAAGUUACAAAAGAAUUUGCAGAAUUUUCCAGUCUGGUUCCUGGUAUACUAUAUAACUUUACAGUUAAAACAGAAAAAGAAGGAUAUAAAGAUAGCCUUCCUGUAAAUAUACAAAUCGAUACAGAGCCAGUGGAGAUAUGUGGUCUAGCAUUAAUCCUGGUAAAUACUUCCUCUGCUACAUUAAUGUGGAAUCCAAGCAAUACCAGCUUCACCCAUUAUAAGGCAUCUAUAUCAAACAAUACAUUCACAAAGGAGUAUAAUAUAUCAAGCACUGAGACAUACUACACUGUUACAGAGCUGACUGCUGGUGGAAUAUAUAAUUUCACAUUACAGAGAGUAAAAGGCUAUAUUGAAGGUAUGAUGGCCUUCACUGAAAUUAUUGCAGAGCCUGAAAUGCCGCAGAAACUAACAGUCCUAAACAUGUCAUCGCACUCCUUUUCUCUGUGCUGGAGGGUACCUCAUGGAUAUGUGGACAGGUUUCAUGUGCAUCUUGAACCUCCCCAUGGCUCUGUUUCUAUCCGAGAUGUGGGAGGUGGGAAGUAUCAGGCGGAUAUUGCAAGCACCAUUCCUGGAACAACAUACAAUGUGACUGUUUCUUCAGUUACCUCUUCAGUGUACAGUUCACCCAUCAGUAAAACAGUGACAACUAAUGUAACUAAUCCAGGACCUCCUGUUUUCCUUGCUGGUGAAAGAGUUGGAUCUGCAGGAAUUCUCCUUUCUUGGAACACACCACCACAUCCAAAUGGGAGGAUUAUAUCAUACAUUGUUAAAUAUAAGGAAGUAUGUCCAUGGAUGCAAAAUACUUACACUCAAGUUACAACAAAGCCAGAUAGUUUGGAAGUUCUUCUCACCAAUCUUAACCCUGGAACGACGUAUGAAAUUCAGGUUGCUGCUGAAAACAGUGCUGGCAUUGGAGUAUUUAGUGACCCAUUUCUCUUUCAAACUGCAGAAAGUGCUCCAGGAAAGGUGGUAAAUCUCACAGUUGAAGCAUUCAACUAUUCAGCUGUCAAUCUGAUUUGGUUUCUACCUCAGCAACCAAAUGGAAAAAUAACCAGUUUCAAAAUUAGUGUGAAACAUGCGCGGAGUGGGAUAGUCGUGAAAGAUGUCUCUGUUAAAGUGGAGGACCUUUUAUCUGGACGGUUACCAGAAUGUAAUGAUAACAGUGAGUCAUUUUUGUGGAGUACUACCACUCCUUCGACUACUUCUAGUAAAACUACUAUAUUUAUCCCAAGCACAGUCGCUCCCAGCAAAAUGAGCUCUGUCUGGAAUGAACCCAUCAGUUUUGUUGUGACUAAUCUCAGGCCAUACACGACUUACCUUUUUGAAGUUUCUGCAGUCACCAUUGAAGCGGGUUAUAUUGACAGUGCCAUUGUCAGGACACCAGAAUCAGUUCCAGAAGAUCCUCCUCAAAAUUUUGUCAAAGACAACAUCACUGGGAAAUUUUUCUCAGUUUCUUGGGAACCACCAACCAUUGUUACUGGAAAGUUUAGCUACCGAGUUGAGUUAUAUGGACCAUCUGGCCAUAUCUUGGAAAACAGCACAAAGGAUCUUAAGUUUACCUUUAAUAACCUUAUACCAUUCACAACCUAUGAUGCUUUUGUUGCGGCAGAGACAAGUGCUGGUGUGGGGCCAAAGGCCAACCUAACUGUUUUCACACCUGCAGGAGUUCCAGGGUCUGUAUUUGAUUUACAUGUGGAAGAGGAAGCAGCAACCUAUAUUAGAAUUGCUUGGAGAAAACCACAGCAACCAAAUGGAAUAAUCACCCAAUAUAGAGUAAAAGUUUCACUUGAGGACACAGGGGAGAUUCUUGAAGAUACACUUCUAACAGAGAAAAAUAAGCAUUCCAUUGAAUUUGUGGAUCCAGAUAUGAUACAUGAAUCAUGGAGUAAAGAAGACACAGUAACUGGAUUUUAUGAAGGUUCAGCUGAGCUGUUCCCAACAGUGGACACAAUUUCUCCUGUGAAAUUUACUAGUAUCUCUGGUGAUAAUUUCCCCAGGCUUGAUGCAGUUGCAGAACUACAUGCAGAUUCAGCUGAGCAGCUGUCAUAUCUUGUAAAUGGACUCCAACCUUUCACUAACUAUGCAAUUGCUGUGUCUGCUUUUACCAUCAUUGGAGAAGGACCACCAACUAUUCUUAUUACUAGAACAAGUGAACAAGUUCCAAGCUCAGUAAAAAACAUAAGUUAUAAAAACAUUAGUUCAUCAUCAAUUUUGCUGUAUUGGGAUGUGCCAAUAAAUCCAAAUGGAAAAAUCACACAUUACACAGUCUAUGUCAUGGAGCUGGAUACAAACAGAGCUUUUCACAUGACUACAUCAAAUAAUAGCAUCUUGAUUACAGGUCUGAAAAAGUAUACAAAUUAUAAAAUGAGGGUAGCAGCUUCCACUACAAUAGGAGAAAGUGCUCUGUCUGAAGACAAUGAUAUUUUCGUGAGAACACCUGAGGAUGAACCCAGUUCACCACCCGAGAAUGUUGAGCUAUUAGAAGUUACUGCUACAGAAAUAAGCUUAAGAUGGACACCACCUGAAAGACCUAAUGGGAUCAUCACUCACUAUGAAAUUAUGUAUGAUGAUGGCACUGUUUUAAUUUUUAAAAAUACCACAGCAACCAAUCUCCUUUUGAAUGGUUUGAAACCAUACACUCUCUACAACAUUUCUGUAAAGGCAUUCACUUGGCUUGGCCAUGGGAAUCAGUCAUCUUCUUUGCUAUCUGUAAGAACAGCUGAAGCUGUACCUGAAUUCCCACCACAAAACAUUACCUACAGGAAUAUAUCUUCUACAGAAAUAGAGUUAUCAUUUCUUCCACCAUCUGUGCCUAAUGGGAUUAUAGUGAGAUAUACUGCAUAUAUCAGAGAAACUUAUGGAACUGAGGAAAGACUCAUCAAUGCUACUCAACUGACAAUAACUAUCACAGGUUUAAAAAUCUAUACAAAAUAUCUAGUUGAGUUGUCUUCAAGUACGGUAAAGGGAGAAGGUGUUCGCAGUGUACCUCUAAACAUAUUGACUGAUGAAGAUGCUCCGAGUUCUCCUCCACAAUUGCUCACAGUAAAACAGUUGUCUGGUGUCAUUGUGAAGUUGUCAUGGCAACCACCACUGGAGCCAAAUGGAAUUAUCCUCUAUUACACAGUUCAUGUCUGGGAUAGCAUGUCAAGAAGAAGCUUUAAUGUUACAGAUACGUCAUUACAGAUCACGGAUCUUGAAAAUAACAAGGAAUAUAGCAUUUAUUUAACAGCAAGUACAAGAUUUGGUGACGGAAAUAUGAAGAGCAAUGUGACUACCUUCAGAACACCUGAAGGAGCUCCAAGUGACCCACCUAAAAAUGUGUGGUAUAAAAAUCUGACUUCCUCAUCAAUACAAAUAUUCUGGGAUCCUCCACAAAAGCCCAAUGGCAUCAUACAGUUUUAUUCAAUUUUCUACAAAAAUGAUUCAGGCACUUACAUACAGAAUUUUACUAGCUAUGCUAUUGACAAUGGUGCUGAAAAUACAACUCUGACUACAGUAUUAAACAACUUAACAAAGUGGAGCCACUACACACUUUGGUUGACGGCAAAUACAGCUGUUGGAAAUGGAAACCAAAGCAGUGAAAUCAUACAAUUAUACACAGAUCAAGAUUUUCCUGAUGGACCUAUUGAACAGCUGACCUAUCAAAACCUUUCUUCCACUGCUGUAAAUAUAAGCUGGAUGCCCCCAGCCCAACCAAAUGGAAUAGUCUUUUAUAAUGUUUCACUCACAGUAUUGGGUGCUCAAAGAGACCACAAUAUUUGGUCAUUUAUUUUCUAUGGUACAAAUAAGGUUUUUAAUAAGCUGGAAAAAUAUACCAGCUAUCUUCUAAGAAUUACUCCAGCAACAGAAAAAGGACCAUCUGAAAUACAUACUAUUAGUCUGUACAUCAGAACCGAAGAAGAUGUUCCAGACUCUGAACCUAUCAUGACAUCUUACAAAAAUCUUUCAUCCACAUCAGUGAUGCUAUCUUGGAAUCCUCCAACCAAGCCAAAUGGCAUUAUAAUAAGUUAUGACUUAAAGCUGCAUGGACCAGAAAGAAACGAUUCUUUCAAUACCUCCAAUAAUUCAGUCAUUUUAGAAGACCUUUCUCCUUUUGCACUGUACAGUUUUUUUGUUUCUGCACAAACUGUAAAAGGACUUGGCCCAUAUGUGGUACUUUUGUUCUCCACGGAUGAGUCCGUUCCACUGGCUCCUCCUGAAAAUCUGACAAUUAUCAAUUACACAUCUAAUUCUGUGUGGCUAAAAUGGAAUCCUAGUCCUCAACCAAAUGGUGUUAUUAGAAGAUAUAUGUUCAACAUUUUUGAUAACAGCAGUAAAACUACAUUUUAUCAGAAUGUUUCAGGUUCACACAAUGACGCUAAUAUACUCGGACUAGAACCAUUCAACAUUUACUUCAUCAGUGUCUCUGCAUUCACGAAAGUUGGAAAUGGCAAUCAAUUCAGUAACCCAGUAAAAUUCACAACAAUGGAAUCAGCUCCAGAUAUUGUCCAGAAUAUCCAGUGUACUGCAACCAGUUGGCAGUUAGUCGUAGUCCAAUGGGACCCUCCUUUGAAGACAAAUGGGAUUAUUGCCUAUUACAUCAUUACAUUUGGAAGGAAUUCAACAAUAGUAUCUUCUGAUAAUGAAACAGUGCAUAUUUUCACAGACCUCUUAUCAAAUACUACUUACCAAUUUAAAGUAAAAGCCGCAACAGCUGCUGGGGAAGGAAAAGAACAGAUAUGCAAUGCUAGCACAUUUCCAGAAACAGUUCCCAGCGCUCCAAGAGAUAUAGCGUUUUCAAAUGUACAAUCAACACGUGUGACCUUGAGAUGGAGAAUGCCAGUUACUAUCUUUGGCUACUUUCAAAACUACAAGAUUACAGCACAGUUACGAUCUAUCCACUGUAGUGACUGGGAAGCUGCUGAAUGUAUUGAACAUGAAAAGGAACAAUAUUCAUAUGUUACUGGAGAUUUUACAGAGGAAACAGUGUAUGAUUUGAAAAAAUUCAGAUGGUAUCGAUUUAGAGUUUCUGCUAGUACGAAUGCUGGUUAUGGCAGCUCUUCGCCUUGGAUUUCUACACAAACUCUUCCUGGGUUUCCAGAUGCACCUCCAGAAAAUGUAACUGUGGUAGUUACAUCUCCAUAUAGUAUUAAUAUUAGCUGGAAUGAGCCUGUCAUAAUUACAGGACCAACAUUCUACCUCAUUGACAUUACUUCAGUAGAUACAGAUUACUAUAAAGCUUCAUUCGUCCAAACAAAUUAUGAAGAUAAAACCCUUAAUAUUUCAGGUUUAAGGGCCUUUACAAGGUAUUCUGUUGUGGUUACUGCUUUUACUGGGGAUAUACAUGCUGCACACAUUGAAGGCAAGUCUAGUACUUCAGUUAUUUUUUCCACUUUUGAAGCAGUACCUAGAGACCCACUUAACAACAUAACAUUUCAGAAGAUACCUGGUGAAGUAACAAAAUUUCAGAUGACAUUUAUACCACCAUCUGAACUCAAUGGCAAUAUUCAGGUAUAUCAAGCUACGGUGUACAAAGAGGAUGACCCAACGGCUUUCCAGAUCUAUAAUUUAAGUAUUAUGCACAGUACAAACAAGUUGGUAACUGCCAUGAUAGAGGGACUAAAAGGAGGACAUACAUAUAAUAUCAGUGUGUAUGCAAUCAAUGGUGCUGGUGCAGGGCCAAAAAUUCAACUUAAGAUCACAACUGACAUUAAAGAACCACCAAAGCCUAGCAAGAAACCAGUGCCUGUUUAUGAUACCAGUGGUGCUCUGCUUGUCAGUGCUACGACCAUUACUAUUCAUAUGCCUGUUUGCUACUACAAUGAUGACCAUGGGCCCAUCAAGAAAAUACAGAUUCUUGUUGCUGAAGCAGGAGUUCAGCAUGAUGGCAAUGUAACUAAGUGGUACGACGCCUACUUCAAGAAACCAAGACCCUAUUUUGUAAAUGAGGGAUUUCCAAACCCUCCAUGUACACAAGGAAAUGAAGGACUAAGCAGCAAUGAAGAUGUAUAUGUAAUAGGGGCUGAUAGUACAUGUAUGAUACCAGGCAGUGAAGAAAAAAUUUGUAAUGGCCCACUGAAGCCCAGAAAACAAUACCUAUUUAAGUUCAGGGCUACAAAUAUCAAAGGCCAAUUUACAGAUUCAGACUACUCGGAUCCCAUCAAAACUUUAGGUGAUGGAUUGUCUGAAAGAGCUGUAGAAAUAAUACUUGCAGUUACUUUGUGUAUACUUUCUAUAAUUCUUCUUGUGGCUGCAAUAUAUGCUUUUGCAAGAAUACGACAAAAGCAAAAAGAAGGAGGCACAUACUCACCACGGGAUGCAGAGAUUAUUGACACUAAAUUCAAACUAGAUCAGUUGAUCACAGUGGCAGACCUGGAAAUGAAGGAUGAAAGAUUUACGCGGUUGCUUAGUUAUAGAAAAUCCAUCAAGCCAAUAGCCAAGAAAUGUUUUCUACAGCAUGUUGAAGAGCUUUGUACAAACAACAACCUAAAGUUUCAAGAAGAAUUUUUGGAACUUCCCAAGUUUCUUCCAGAUCUUGCCUCAACUGAUGCUGACCUUCCUUGGAACAGGUCCAAAAACCGUUUCCCAAACAUCAAGCCAUAUAAUAAUAACAGAGUGAAGCUAAUGCCUGAUGCUAGUAUACCUGGAUCUGAUUACAUCAAUGCCAGCUAUGUGUCUGGAUAUUUAUGUCCAAAUGAAUUUAUUGCAACUCAAGGACCAUUACCAGGCACGGUGGGAGAUUUCUGGAGAAUGGUAUGGGAAACAAGAGCAAAAACUCUUGUUAUGCUUACUCAGUGUUUUGAAAAAGGACGGAUCAGGUGUCAUCAAUACUGGCCUGAAGACAAUAUUCCGGUGACUGUUUUUGGAGAUAUUGUGAUUACUAAAUUAGUGGAAGAUAUUCAGAUAGACUGGACCAUCAGAGAUCUAAAAAUUGAAAGGCACGGGGAUUGUAUGAUGGUUCGUCAGUGUAACUUUACUGCCUGGCCUGAACAUGGAGUACCUGAAACAAGCACGUCCUUAGUCCAUUUUGUAAAGCUGAUCCGUGCCAGCCGAGCCCAUGAUAGUACACCCAUCGUUGUUCACUGCAGUGCUGGAGUUGGAAGAACAGGAGUUUAUAUUGCCCUGGACCAUUUAACACAGCAUAUGAAUGACCAUGACUUUGUGGAUAUCUAUGGACUUGUAGCAGAACUGAGAAGUGAAAGAAUGUGCAUGGUACAAAAUCUGGCACAGUAUAUAUAUUUGCACCAAUGUGUUUUGGAUUUACUCACUAUCAAGAGAAGCAGCCAGCCUGUAUGUUUUGUUAACUAUUCAGUACUGCAAAAGAUGGACUCUUUGGAUGCCAUGGAAGGUGAUGUGGAACUAGAAUGGGAAGAAACUACCAUGUAA